GCCAGCCUCAACCAUAAAUAACUUAACUGAAUUAUUUUUAUUUUAAAUUCUUAUAAAACUUAUAAAUUAUCAAAUAAACAAUAGGUACUAUUUCUAAUGAGUAUGAAAAUAUUCACAUUUACUUGAAAUAUUCAAAUAUUCACCUGCAUUAAAGUCCAUCGGAUUUUCCAAACAGCUGUUUAUGUGGGAAAAUUCACUAAUAAAGAAACAUAGAAACUUGCCUGGGGAAAUUAAAAAUGGAUGGUUAUAGUUUUUCAGAGAUAUUGUCAUAUCAAACUGCGAAUAUAAAAAUUGUAAACUAUGAGAACGAGUUCCUGUUUAUGUUGGGUAUUAAAAACGAUGGAAAUUCCGAUUUAAGGCGUCGUAUGUCCACUGCAUGGUUAAACGCAUUAAAAGUUAAGAAUGCAUCAAGUGCUGUUUCCAAUGAGAAUGCAACUCGAAUUGCAAUUCGAUUGCGUGAAGAAGGUAAUGCAUUUUAUAGCUCAAAAGCUGAUAGUAAGCAGACAAAUUUGAUCAUCGCUGGACAACGAUAUACGCAGGCUAUAUUCACUGCACGCGCAAAUACCGAGGCUUUGGCACUUUCUUAUGCAAAUCGCGCAAUGGUCUUGCAGGAAUUGGGAUACUAUCAGCAAGCAUAUGAUGACUGUUGCUGCGCACUUGAGACAAACCAGUAUCCACUGCGAUUAGUGCACAAAAUUAAAACACGACAGGCGUUUUGUGCUCUGUAUUUAAAAGAUACAAAGCAAUUGGCCGUGCAUUUGGAAGAACUAGAGAAUUGUAAGUUAAAUGAGAGCUUCAUUCAGCGGCUGCAGGAGUUGCAAGCAGGAUUAAAAUCACAAACAAAUGAGAUACGAAUGCAACCCGAAUUAGAAGAAAUUAGUAGCCAAGAAAUGGCAAAUUCAGAGGCGACGAUAGCCGUUGAUGAAAAAUCUGCUACACGCGGACGAUAUAUGAUUGCUACUAAAGAUAUUGGCUCUGGAGAAGUAAUAUUUAGUGAAACUGCUAGUUCUUUUGUACCUGUCGGUGGAUGUCAGAUGUGUCAACAAUGCGGUGCUAUGUUGAUUAUUCCCAUACCUUGUCAUGGAUGUAAUGGCCAAGUUGUUUACUGUUCAUUAAAAUGCAGUAAAAUACAUUCUAGCUUGCAUCAAAAUGAAUGUGUGGGAUAUCGCAUUGGAUUAUUUGAACAAAUAGGCAUUUCACACUUGGCGCUAAGAGUUAUACUAGAAGAGCUACCUGGAGUUGUGCCUUUGUUCGAACAUGAAACUGACGUUAGACAACUUUGGCUUGAUUUAACUGCAGCAAAAGGAUUUAUAAAUGCUAAGAAUGGUCUAAAGUAUGUACAAACCCUACGCAUGGUUUCACAUUUAUCCAAAAUGCCCUUACCAGAUAUAAUUUGGUUCGCUUUAGUUGCCGACUUGUUAGUUAUGUAUCUAAAAGAGUAUACAUAUUUUUUCAAUAGUAUGAAAAAUUCCAAGUUGAAGCAAAGCGAUUGGGAGCUAGUCACAAGUGCUCUAAUACUUCGACACAUUGGCCAAUUUAUUGUGAAUGCUCAUACAUGCGUUUCAAUCACGCCCACUUGCCAUGAUGAAUCAUCCACUGCUAACACCUUUGGAUUUCUGUUAGCGCCUGAUGUAUGGACAAAACCGUUUCACCUGUGUCGCGGAAAGUUGCAUGUGUUGAGCGAGUUUCGCGAAGUAUCUGCAGCAAACCUGCCAUAUCUCAGUAUAUGUAAUCAUGCCUGUGCUCCUACUCUUCGACCUAAAUUCUCAGGAAACAAUUUCUAUGCAAUGGCUGAAACUGAUAUAGAAAAAGGAGCAGAAAUAUUUAAUUGCUACACUCUUAACUAUCGCAAAUCGUUGAGAGAUGUACGACGGAGCUACUUAAGAGAUAUUUAUCAUUUUGAAUGUACUUGUGUGCAAUGCCAAGGAAAGAAUCCAGACGCAGCUUACUUGAAGUAUCAUUUAUUAAAAUGCCAAAAUGCAGACUGUCGGAAAGAAUAUGUGCCAAUUGUUAACCAAAGUUCAACUCUUAAUUGGUGGCAAACAGAAGGUGAUGAAAAUGUGCCCUUGGAAGUAGUAUCUUGCCCAGCAUGUAAAAAGAAACAAGAUACUGCAUGGUAUAUAGAAUUUAAGGAAUUACUUAAAAACACAAAUAGUGCCGAAAAACGGGCCAGGAUUUUUCGAAUUUUUAAAUUGGUUGAUGACUUUCUGUUGGAGUUUCAUUCCUUAAAGUUAUUACUGGCAUUGGAAUUGGUGAACGCAUGUAUCUUGUCAUAUAAUGGUGGCUGUGAAUUUACUGAUAGUGAGCUGAGCCAAAUAGUGCACAUUCUUAAAUUCUGUCUCAGAGGCACUGCGGAUCAAUGUGGCAUUCAAUCCAUUGAGUAUGUGGUUACUAUGACUUUUAUGUGGGAUUUAAUAGCUUUGGGGAAAUGUCAAUGUACGCAACAAGAAAAAACUGCUAUGCUUGAAGCACUCCAUAUAAUAUCAGAUGAAUAUAGAUUGGUGUUUGAAAAUUAUUAUAAUGAUUAUAUCAAUAUUAAAUAAAAACAAGACUAAAUUUGGU